CCAACAGAGUACUGAGAGGUAUAGCAUGAUGGGAAUGGUGGACGCCGAGGCUCCCUUCCUUACGGAGCACACGGAAGAUGGGCCACCGCUCGCUGGCGUCUCCGACUUCCGUGGCCGCCUCGUCUACCGCACCUCCUCCGGCGGGUGGCGCUCCACCCUCUUCGUCGUCGUGAUGGAGGUCGCCAGCGCUUUCUCCUACUACGGCGUGUCGGCGAACCUGAUCACGUACCUGACGGGGCCGCUGGGCCACUCUAACGCUGCCGCAGCUGCCGGCGGGAAUUGGUGGGGACGGGCCACGCUGAUGCCGCUGCUGGGCGCCUUCGUCGCCGACUCAUGGCUGGGGCGCUACCGGUCCAUCAUCCUUGCCUGCAUCCUCUACGUCAUGGGGUAUGCCAUGAUCACUCUAUCAUCGGUGCUCUCGACACAUCAUCCAUCAUUACCCGACAACACCUCUUCCCAUCCCUUGUCGCUGCAGGUGGCCUUCUUCUACGCUUCCCUUUAUCUCAUUGCCAUCGCGCAGGGUGCAGACAAUCCAUGUGCACUGGCCUUUGCUGCUGACCAGUUCGAUCCCGACCACCCUAGGGAAUGCGCCGCCCGCAGCUCUUUGUUCAAUUGGUGGUACUUCUCCUUGGCUAUAGGUAUCACCAUUUCUGUUGGUGUAGUCAGCUACAUCCAGGAGAACCUUGGAUGGGGAAUUGGAUUUGGCAUGCUCUGUGCCCUCAUGCUAUGUGCCUUCGUUGUCUUCCUCCUCGGCACCCCUACAUAUCGCCUCUAUGAUGCCACUCCCGGCACGGAUAGCCCCUUCGUGCUCCUUGCUCGUAGCCUGGCUGUGCUAGUCCAGCAUGACAAUGCCACUUCAAGCUCAUUGCUCGGUACAAAAAUAGAAUAUCAGCUGGAAUACAAAGACACUGCAACCAAAAAAGAGGACGCGCGUGCUGUGUUGCGGUUGCUAUCAAUUUGGGUGGCAUGCCUGGCGUAUGGUGUGGCAUUUGCGCAGGUCAUGACGCUCUUUAACAAGCAGGGCCGCACCCUGGACCGCCACAUCUUUGGCGGAUUGGAGCUGCCACCGGCGGCGCUGCAAACGUUGGGGCCUGCGUCAAUCCUAUUGUUUGUCCCCAUAUAUGAUCGUGUAUUGGUCCCAGUGUUGAGGCGCGCGACGGGCACCCUGUCAGGACUGACAUUGCUGCAGCGUGUGGGCACGGGCAUGGUGCUGACCCUGGCCUCGAUGUUGGUGGCGGCAUUGGUGGAAACACGUCGCCUUGAGACGGCACGGGAGCACGGCCUGGUGGACGACCCGGAAGCAACGGUGCCGAUGUGCUGGGCGUGGCUGGUGCCACAAUACGUUUUGAUUGGGGUCGCAGGUGUGUUCGCGGAAGUGGGUAUGCAAGAGUUCUUCUACGACCAGAUGCCCAGUGAGCUACGCAGCUUGGGCAUGGCACUCUACUAUAGCGUGAUCGGCAUGGGCAACUUCAUCAGCGGCACUCUUGUCUCCCUAAUCGACCGCAUCACCAGCAACGGUGGUGGCGACAGCUGGUUCGCGGACAACCUUAACCGUGCUCACCUCGACUACUUCUACUGGUUGCUCGCCGGCUUCAGCGCCGCCCAACUCGCGCUCUACCUCCACUGCGCAAGUACCUAUGUCUACAGCCACAAGAGGCUCCGCUGAAGUAAGGGCCUACCGCCCGGUGGAUGUGCACUAGUGCAAUGUUUUUUUAGUGGAGUACCAUGUUGUUACGCACUGAAAUUUCUGACAAUGGAUGUGUGUCUAUAUCUAUACCAUGUUGUUACGUACUGAAAUUUCUAAUAUAUAUAUAGGACGGCAGUUUGGGACACCUAGGUGCCCAGGCUCCUAGCCUUUCGACCGCUCGAUUGCA